CACUAGAGAGACUGUAGGACACGCUACGGUGGUGUGAGAGUCCGUUGAACACCAAUAAUGACUGGGUAAAAUCGGCUCUUUGGUUAGUGAAGUGGAGCUAGCGUUAACGUUAGCUUUAGCCCGUCGCCAGCCAGGGCCCUUUUGCCUUCGAUUUUGCCUCUCAGCUCAGCUCGGGACUGUGUUGUCAGUUUCACAAUCCCAACCACUAACCUCCUCGGAUCGCGAUGUGUACGUAGGCCCGGCUCGUUUAAUAGUCAGCCUUAACAUUUGUACAACCACCUAUUUUCAUCGGUUUGUCCCAAUUCCCCACUGGGAUCAACCUUACAUGUUUCAAAAAGGCCGGUGACAAAUUUGAAAAAAGGACUAGACCCAGGUUUAGUGAGAUGCCACUGAUAGAUGCCUAGGAACCUGAUGCAAGUGUAUUUGGUGUUUGUUCUGUGAGGACGGACCUGCCACCAUGAAAAGUGAGGUGCCAUCGGAGGCCCCAGGCAGACAGGACCAUCUGAAGGAGCCCCUAGUCAACCCAGAGCCCAUGGAGGCAGCCAAGAGCUUCCCUGGCAAUAUGGAGGUGAUUGGCAAAGCGGGCAGCGAAUUUGGAACCCUGUGUGCUGAGUCCAGGCAUCGGUCCCUGAGGGACACGGGAACACACAGAGACUCAGAAAGGAGCCUCCCCGGGCGCAAAAAACGCAAAAGCCAACAGGCGGGGCCUUCAGAUUGCUCCCUGAAGGAGAGCCACAUCAGCGAGAGUUCGCUGGCCCCACAGCGUCCCAGGAUAGAACUCUUAGAGCACCCCAGUGAAGAUGAACACAAUCACGAGUCCUCUUUCAGUGACUGCGCUUCCUCCCCUUCCUCUAGCCUGCGAUUUGGGGACUCAGACACUCUCAGCUCAGAGGACGAGGGGGAAGCUGGAGCAACAGGGGGCCAACACAAGGCUCCUGCCCUGACAGCGGCAGGAGGGACCGGCGUCGGGCUGCGUCCCGUUCUGGGUCGAACUCGGAGCAGUCGCUCGCAUAAGUGGGUGCGGUCAGAGGCCGAGCCAGUGCUGCUGAAACGACCGUGCCUGAGCAGCAGGCGGCCUCUGCAUAGGAAGCGCUAUGUGAAAACGGCGUCCGGGGGGGCCCCACGGACACAGAAGCAGAAGGAGCGACUGCUUCUCCAGAGGAAGAAACGUGAAGUGAUUGCACGGAGGAAAUAUGCGAUGCUCCACAGCACCAGCAGCUCCAGCGAGGAGCUGAGCAGCGAGUCGUCCUCCCCCUCCUCCACAGAGGCAGAGGAUGAGCUGUACGUCGAUGUCAGCAGCACCAGCAGCCAGCCCAACAGUGCUGCCGUAGCCACAGGUGCUCUGGAUGAGGAUGUGGUGGUGAUCGAGGCAACUCCGGCUCCAGCUCCCCCUGUGCCUGCCAGCGAGGAGAUCAACGUCACCUCCACAGACAGCGAGGUGGAGAUCGUCACAGUAGGAGAUGGCUUCAGGUCUCGCUCAGUCGGGGGUCUCGGGAGGAUCUGGGCCACCAGUUGUUCUCAGUCCCGGCUCCAGGAGCCACGCGGACGCCACCGGCUCUCCACCGUCAUCCAACCGUUGCGCCAGAGUGCUGGGGAGGUGGUGGACCUCACUGUGGAUGAGGAUGAUCUCUCAGUUGUGCCAACCACCUCUGGCAGCAUUCACCCUCAAACAGUCAGGUCGUCCUCGUCUUCAUCUUCCCAUCAUGCCUCUACCUCAGAGCUCAAUGAUGCCCCAGGCCCUUCCACUAGCUGCCCAGGCCCGAUGCCUGACAGUAUGCACACACAGAGGUCAAGUGGCUCUGCCCGCACCGCCACUGAGGAUGACAGCAGACCCAGUUUGUCAAGUGCAGCUGGAGAGAGCGCAGGCACAGCCAUGCCCAGACUCCCAUCCUGCUGUCAGCAGCACUCUCCAUGCGGAGGGCCCUCCCCCGGUCACCUGUCCCUGAGCCACUCCCAUUCCAGCUGCUUGCAAGCCUCGUCCUCUCAGCAACCCAACAGCUCGCAGCACGGCCACAGCCACGGUCACGGUCACAGCCACAGCAAUGCCCACCACUUCCUCCACCACCUGCACCACCCAGCCCCGCAGCCCCCAACCACCCUGCCCUUCCAGGAGCCUAGCUGCCCCGUGGAACGACCCACCGCUCUGCCUGCACCCUGUGCCGGAGUAAGCGGCAGCAACAGUAGUAGUAGCAGCACCACAACUCAUUACCACGACCAGCAAACUCUGCCCGUGGACCUAAGCAACAGCAGCGUGCGGAGCGGUGGAAGCAGCGGGGCUGGAUUCCAUGGUAGCACUUCGGCCUUUGACCCCUGCUGCCCUGGCUCCACCUCACGGCCUCCAGCUUAUGUUUCCCAGGCCACUCCUGGGCCCAGCCAGCCAACUGUGGCGGACUCCUUCAACUCCUCCAUGGUGGCUCAGCCCCAGCCCCAGCCGCAACCCCAGCUGUCCUCCUGCAGACAUUACAUGCACCCCUCCUAUGGCUCUCUAGCACGCUCCCUGCACCAUCAGCCUCCCUCUUCCUGUCCCCAUUCCCAUGGAAAUCCCCCGCCUCCACCGCCACCCCAACCCCCUCCACAGGGUGACUAUGUCAUCCCCCACCCUGUCCACCCAUUCCACACGCCCCUGCCCUCCCACCCCUCAGGCCACACUGUGCCCCCUGCCCCUCCCCCUCCCCUGCCCGCUCACCACCUCUCCAGCGCCAGUGCCCCACUGGCCCAGCACCUGCCUACAGACCACCAGACCCUGCCACACCAUAUGCCGGCGCUGGGGGCGUCAGUGCAGAGGCUCCAUCAACAUGAGAUGCUGCAGAGGAUGGAGGUCCAGAGGCGCCGGAUGAUGCAGCACCCAACACGAGCACAUGAGCGUCCUCCUCCACACCCCCACAGAAUGCACCCCAACUACGGUCAUGGACACCACAUCCACGUGCCUCAGACUAUGUCAUCCCACCCUCGCCAGCCUGAGCAGAGGACAGCGUGGGAGCUGGGCAUAGAGGCUGGAGUGACUGUGGCGCCGUACCCUUCAGGGCACCUGCACUCCCACCUGCCCCACUACCACCCUCCCCCCAGACUGCACCACUUCCCCAUCCCCUUCAUGCACACUGGCAUAUCUGAAGUGACCUACCCGCACAUUCGUUACAUCUCAUCUAGAAUGACUGGCUUUGGAAGAACUUAUGAGGAUCUGCUGCAUUUAGAGGAGAGAUUGGGGACUGUGAACCGAGGGGCCUCUCAGGGAACCAUAGAGAGGUGCACUUACCCACACAAGUACAAAAAGAAGGUGUUGGAGAGAGACAUUGACCAACAGUUAACCCCUGAAGCAUGGGCAUCUAUUGGGAAAAAUAUGCACGCAACCCCAGAAUCGAGAAAGCUGCAUGGUAAGCAAGAUGAAGAUGAGGGGGCAGAUGAAGACACGGAGGAGAAAUGUACCAUCUGCCUGUCAAUACUGGAGGAAGGGGAAGAUGUCAGACGCCUACCAUGUAUGCACCUCUUCCACCAACUGUGUGUGGACCAGUGGCUCCUCACCAAUAAGAAGUGCCCCAUCUGCAGAGUGGACAUUGAAGCGCAGUUGUCUGCUGAGAGUUGAUGCUGUUUUUCCAACAACCUUUUUGUUGAAAUGUUCUUUUCAUUGAUCAUUUUAAUUUUCUCUUCAGUACUGCAGUCAACCAAAGAUGGCAUGAAUUACCUGCGCAGCUCUACUAUGAGGAAAAAAAAAGAAAAAGAAAAAAAAAAAAACAUCUGACAAAAAAAAAGCAUUGAGCCUAGAGUGCCAGCUAUCACAUAUUAUUACAACUAGAAUUCUCCAUUAAGGGUUUAAAAUUUUAUUGUAUUUAUAAAGCUUUUAUGUAGCUUUUGAUUGUUUCCUCAAGUGUCAUUUUUUUUGUUUUGUUUUCUGCAUGUUUCCUUGCAAUGCAUUUCUUUGCACAUAUAACGUGGGCUUAACACGGCCUAACACACACUUGCAGGUGAGGAUAACUGCUCUAGUAAAGAAGCAUUUCUGUAAACCUAAUGCCUUGCUUUACUGGAAUAGAAUGUCAACCUCUGUUUAAAAAAGAAAAAACAAACAAAAAAAAAACAAACAAAAACAUUGCAGGAUUCAUUUUACCAAUCAUUGUAUUGAUUAGUUUAUGUUUAGAAGAUGUGGAUUGUUAGUGAAAGAUGUUUUUUAAGUAAGUCAAGACAUUCCUAACUAGGAAAAUAUGUUAACAGAUCAGCUGCUGUAUUAGUGCACACCCAGUAUUUCUAGAGUGGAAAUAAACUCCAAUGUUCACCUCACUCCCAGAAUAUGCACAUGCUUGGCUACCAUUACACACCUCCCUCUUGCAUCUUCAUUUGACUAAACACCAUAAAUGAGUCAUUUAAUGUAUUUUAAAGAAAAAGAAAAUGAAUGUCACAUCCCUCUCUUCUUGACUGUUCUUUCUAAAUUGAAUGAUUGUUGGGGGUCUGCUGUGAAGCUCGUCCGUGUUCUGUUGGGAUUCAUCCCUGGAGACGGGCCCGAGAUGCUUAACUGGGUUCUGAAAAGGGAUCUCAGGCCUACACAUGUGUAACCGUUUCCACAUGAGCCUGCAAUCUGUUUGAUACUGACAGCGGCAUUGGCUUUAUUCAUUCUGUUAAUUUGAUCCCUGCCUCGGUUCAGGGGGAAAUACACAGCUCGAUUAGGGGUAAUAAUUUGCUGUUUAUUCUCACAAUCCAAAUCAUUUUAUCCACCCUCUCUUUUGUCUCUCUGUAAUGACACAGCAGUCUCCAGUUUUACUGCUGGGGAAAGCAUAACACUAAUACUCUUGACUAACUCACUUGCAUAGACUUGCACAAGAGAGAAAAAGAUAGGAGUGUAGUAGUGAAUAUAACAGUGCGCUAAGGCCAUGUAUUUCCACUCUGAUCAAUAUAGAAAAAAGGAAAAAAAAAAAAAAAAGAAACAGAAAAAGCUAACAUUUUGAAUGGAGUGUUGGAAUGCACUGUACUUAAAGCAGGUAUCCAUGCAUUCAUUGACUUAAUGGCACCAGGAUCAUAUUCUGUGGGAUUUAUAUUAGUUUUAAAAAAUAAUAUUAAUAAACUUGGAUAACUCUU